AGCAGUCUGCAACACUACUUCUGCCCAGUAGCAAAUUCGUGAAACAGCGAAAUCUAUAAUUUUUUACUCAAAGUGAGGGAUAUAAAACAUGCCUAAUAGUUCUAAUAAAACUUUACCAGCAUUACGAUUAGAAGUAGAACGGAUAGUAAGUAUUUGUCAGAAAAAAGAAUAUAUUCACAAUACUGGGCAAGAAACCUAUGAGACUUCAAAAAAAGUUCAAACAUGUCCUUAUAGUGCUGAGGAUAUUAGGAAUCUUCUAACACAAUUAAAGGGAGAAUACUCAUAUAAAAUUAUCGAUGUUAUUGAAGUAACAUCUCCGGAGUUCCCACUGAAGAUGCAAGGAGUCAUUGAUCUUUUAUUAAAGAGCAAAAGAAAUCCAGAAAUAGUGGCUAUACCAAUUAAUCUUGGAGCUGUAAGUAAUGAUGCAGACCUAGGUAUUAACUGGGCCAGUCUGGUAAUUAAGAAAUCAAAUAGAAACACACUAUCCGCAUUAUAUCAAGAAUCUUUUGGAAAUACCAUCGAUGCACGCUUAAAACAAUAUUUGGAAGGUUGUCCAAUACAUAUUCAAGAUCAUCAAACAAAACAACAAAAUUAUAAUUACAAUUCAGGACCAUGUGCUGUGCUUAAUCUUCAUUCCUUAGCAACAACAGGUGUGUUGCCAGAUAUCACAGAUAAAAUACUAGUAAAUCAGCGUAAAUUCUGGGCUCUACAGCGGCUUGAAAAACUUGAAUAUAAACCUUUAAUUCAUCAACUAGCCUAUAAGAAAACACUUGCAGAACUAAGAGAUUUAACAAUAGUUCUAAAAGAUUUAGGAUAUUUAUUUACAAAAUUAGGAGAGUUAAGCGGCGAGCUAAAAUAUUAUACCGAGGCGGCAAUAUUUUGUCAAUAUGUCAUUACUAUAUUAGAAGUUGACAAAAAGUUAACUGAUGAAAGUUUUAUAAAGCUUGAGCUAACAAAUUCGUAUCAGCAGCUUUUAAAUAUUCAACAAUUGCUAUAUUCGACCGUUGGUGCAGACGAAGAGAAAAUGCCAGAUGUUAUAAAGGAAGCGACGAGUAAUAAAGAACUAUUAUUAUCAUUGCGAAAAAUAACUGACCAAGAGUUGCAAAAAGUAGAAUCCUAUUACCAAAAGGCAAAGACUAGUGGUCAAGAGGAGAAACAACAAUAUCAGGAAUUAUAUGUAAACACUGCAAGAGAGUUAUUUGAAUAUACAGCUACUGAAAUGAAAAAGUUUUUGGCUAAGUUAUAUAGUGAUUGUGAAAAAGAAAUGCCUACAGCACCACCAUGUACAUAUGCAUUAAUAGGACUUGGUUCAAUGGCGCUGCAGCAAAUGACACCAUAUUCAGACUUAGAGUUUAGCAUUCUUACUGAGAAUGAAGAUUAUAAACACAGUUCAGAUCCAAAGAUAAGGCAGUAUUUUAAGAACCUAAGUCACUUGGUAAAUUUUAAGGUGAUCAAUCUAGGGGAAAGCAUUAUUCCUACCAGUAAAUAUGGUUUAGAUAUGAGCCAUCUAGUACACGUAGGCGUUAACCUUGAUCUAGGAGGUAAAACGCCGCUUGGAAGAAUAGGCGGUGAUAAAAAAUACGACUUAAUACAGGCAAUAGAUGGGAUGUUAAGUUAUGUGAUUAAUACAGAUAGUUGGGCAAGUCAUAUAGAUAAAAACUUACCUAAUAUUCUAGAAAAUGUAUGCUACGUGUAUGGAAAUAAAGACCUUGUAGAAACUUAUAAAAGUAAAGUUAAAGAGUUUUUAAAUAAAAAAGAUCCUAACAACAGAUCAAAUUGCGAGAUGCGAGCCCUUAAACUACUUGAAGAAGGUGCAGUGGAAAUUAACUACUUUCAGCAAACUCUAAGUCUUAAGACAGAGGAAAUUCUGUUUAAAGGUGAUUUAGACAAACUAAAACCUAAUUUAUUUGAUGAUGAAGGCAGAUUAUUUGAUGUAAAGCAGGAGAUUUACAGGUUACCUGAUCGUCUAGUAUACAAUCUUGGUCUAUACUAUGCUAUUAAAGGAAAAAGUAGCUGGUAUAUAGCCGAUAAAUUAGCGAGUAAAACAAUUAUCUCUCCAGAAGCAUCACUUAAUCUCAAAAAUGCUAUAACUUUUGCCACUACCCUCAGAUUAAAGACUUAUGCUCACUAUAAAGCUCAAAAAGAGUAUAUGUCGAUAUUUAUAAAAUCAAUUAAAACCGAAUCUGAGGUUAAAAUACAAGCUCAACAAAUAUUCCAUUUAUCAGAAGAAGACUUAGGAGAAAAAAGCGGCUUGUUCCAAUAUUUUUAUACUGCCCUGCCAUUGCAUAAAAGGUUAAAAGACUUCUGUAUGCAAUAUCAAACAUUGAGUAAUGAAUGCAAAAAAACUUUUUUUCAAAAUAGCAACUUUUAUGAGGAUAAUAUAGCUAAUAAAGGUUUCAUCUAUUAUAGAUUAGCACAACAUAAAGAAGCUCAGAGAUGCUUAGAGUUAGCGUUGUUAGAUCAAUUAAAUGUAGAUAAUUUUCAAAUAAAUUUAUGUUUGGGCAAGUUAUAUACCAGUUUUGGCAACAACGACCAGGCUAUAACGCAAUAUCAGAAUUGUUUGAAUAAUUUUAAACUCAUCUGUAAUAACCAACCACACCCAAAUAUUGCUGUUUUUUUAAAUAACCUAGCAGCAGCUUACAGAAAUAAAGGACAAUAUGAUGAGGCAAUUAAGAUGUUUGAGGAAAGUCUGGAGAUGAAGAAACUCAUCUUUAAUAAUAAAGCCCAUUCAACUCUGUCGGCUACUUUAAAUAACUUAGGAAUUACUUAUUACGAUAAAGGAAAAUAUGAUCAGGCGAUUGAGAAAUUUGAGGAGAGUCUAAAAAUGAAGAAACUUAUCUAUCAUGAUGCACCCCAUCCAGAUAUUGCAGGUACCUUAAAUAACCUCGGAGAGGCUUAUAAAAAUAAAGGGCGAUAUGAUCAGGCCAUUAAGAUGAUUCAUAAAAGUUUAGAAAUGAAAAAAAUCAUAUACAAAGAGGAACCCUACCCAGAUAUUGCUGCUUCUUUGAAUAACCUAGGGACUGCAUACAAUUUAAAAGGCCAAUAUGAUCAGGCGAUUAAAAAGUAUAAAGAAAGUCUAGAAAUGAGAAAACUUAUCUUUAAAGAUGAACCGCACCCAGAUAUUGUAGGUUUAUUAAUCAACCUCGCGGAGGCUUACUUAAAUAAAGGACAAAUUGAUCAGGCGUAUGAGAAAAUUCAGGACAGUCAAGAUAUGAUAAAACUCAUCUACAAAGAUAAACACCACCCAGUUAUUGCAGGUUCUUUAAAUGUCCUCGGGUUGGUAUAUGAACGUAGAGGGCAAUAUGAUCAGGCGAUUGAAAAGUAUCAGGAAAGUCUAGAAAUAAGAAAACUCAUUUUUAAAAAUAAACCUCACCCAGAUAUCGUCGCUUCUUUAAAUAAUCUCGGGGAAGCUUAUAGAGAAAAAGGGCAAUAUGAUCAGGCGAUGGAGAAGUAUCAGGAUAGUCUUCAAAUGCUGAACUUGAUCUAUAAAGAUGAACCCCAUCCAGAUAUUGCAAAAUCUUUAAAUAACCUUGGAGAAGCUUGUAGAAACAAAGGACAAUAUGAUGAAGCAAUUAAGAUGUAUCAAGAUGCUAUAAAAAUGAUGAAACUCUUCUAUAACGAUGAACCCCACCCAGCUAUUGCCCUUUGUUUGAAUAACCUUGGAGUUGCUUAUAGCUCUAAGGGGCAAUAUGAUCAGGCUAUGGAAAAGUAUCAGGAAAGUCUAGAAAUAAGAAAACUAAUGUAUAAAGGUGAACCCCACCAAGAUACUGCAGACACUUUAAAUAACCUAGGAUGUGCUUAUGCAGCUAAGGGACAAUAUGAUGAGGCGAAUAAGAAGUUUCAUGAAAGUCUAGAAAUAAUGAAACACAUCUAUAAAGAUAAACCACAUCCAGCUAUUGCGUCUUCUCUAAAUAACCUAAUAUAUGUAUAUACGGUUAAAGGGCAAUAUGAUCAAGCAAUUGAAAAAUGUGAGGAAAUUUAUCAAAUGAGGAUAGCUAUCUAUAAAAAUGAACCCCAUCCAGAUAUUGCAGCUUCGUUAAGUAACCUAGGAUGUGUUUAUGCAUAUAAAAGACAAUAUGAUAAGGCGAUUGAAUUGUAUAAGCAAAGUCUACAAAUGAGGAAAUUUAUAAAUGAAAAUAAACCGCACCCAGAUGUUGCAUCAUCUUUAAAUAAGCUCGGAUGUGCUUAUGCGGGUAAGGGGCUAUAUAAUCAGGCCAUUAAGAAGUUUCAGAAAAGUCUGCAAAUGAGAAAACUCAUUUUUAAUAAUAAGCCCCAUCCAGAUAUUGCUUCUUCCUUAGAUAAGCUAGGAAGUGCUUAUACGGAUAAAGGGCAAUAUGAUUUAGCAAUUAAAUAUCGUCAAGAUAAUUUAGAGAUGCUAAAAAUUCUUUACAAAAACACUCAUCACAGAGAUGUUAUUAUUGCUUUUGAAAAACUAUCGUUAGUAGCCACGAAAUUUGUAGAAAAUUAUCAUUUAGAUUUAAAGGUUAUUGAGAUGAUUUAUUCUUUUACUCAACAAAAAUUAGAUUUUGCAGAUUAUCAAUUACACUAUGCUUUUGCUUUAUCACAAGAUAAUAAUGACACAAACCUACAAAGUAUAGCAGAAAUAGUAGAAGAAUAUAAACUAGCAUUGAUCUUUUUUCCUAAAGAACAUUCAGAAGAACAACUACAAAUUCAACAAACAAUAUUUGAUAGAUUAGCGAAGCUAACUAAAGAAAGUCAGAAAAAUAUUGAUUUAUGGUUAGCAAUAACAGAAAACAAUAUAACUAAAGUACAAAUAUUAGCGGAUAAUGGAGUUGAUCUUAAUUAUGCAUCAUUCUUAAAUACUACCCCAUUAAUUCAAGCAGUAAAAAUUGGAAACGUUGAUAUAGUAUCUGCUUUACUUUCAGGAAACAUUGAUAUAAAUAAACCUAAUAAUGAUCAAGCUAGUCCGUUAUGUUGCUCUUUAGGAUAUUUUGGUCAAGCAAUUAAUAUGCAAAUAGUUGAAUUGUUACUUAAAAAAGGAGUUGAUUCCAACAAGCCAAUGGUUGACGGGGAUACUCCGAUGCAUAUGGCCCAUUAUAUGGGUCACAAAGAAGCUAUAGGGUUAUUACUACUGUAUGGAGCUAAUAUUAACUCUCAAAAUGCUAUAGGCAAGACACCAUUACAUUGUUUAUUAGAAAAGGAGGAGGUAAGUUCAUCAACUAAGCUAGAUAUAAUACAAGCAUAUUGCCACCUAUACGAUAUGACGGUUAGGGAACAAGACGGUAAGACAGUAACAGAUUGUGUUAAAGAACAUUGCGCUCAGGCAUUAUCAUUAAUUGCUAAUUAUGUUAAGGUACUCGAUUCUACUAAUUUUUGAGUUCGAUUCUACUGAUUUUUAAGUUGAUUUUGAAGAUUCUACUGAUUUUUAAGUUAAGUUAGCCCUAUCGCUCUUUCGCAUGAUAGUGCAAGUCAAUAGUUAAUUCGUCAUAAUUUUCGUCCUAGCAAGAUGUAUCUAAUUAUAGCAAAUGUAUCUAAUUAUAUUGAUUAUGGUUCUCCUUGCUUAUCAGUUAGUAACAACUUAAUAUAUAGACAAUAUUGAAAAAGAUUAACUUGUACGAAAUCAAUAUUCUAAAACAGAACGUGAUGUUAUUUCAGACUUAAAAAUGAUAAACCUUCCUCAUUAUGGUACAGGAACUAAUCAAUCUAUCUCAGUACAUUAAAUAAUCUAAAAUAAAAAACUAACGGAAGAACAUACAAUGAUCAUUUUUGUGAUCUCUUUAACCGAAAAGCGACGUUAUAAUCUUGAAACUGUAAUAGUAGCUGCUAUAUAGCCGCAUAAAGGUUAGAUUUAGGUGACAAAAGAAAAAAAGGAAUUAUUCGUAAUAAAAGUUUAAAAAUAUUAGAAAUUUAUAAUGAAGGGCACAAGGUCACAUACGUAUUUAUGGAUGUGUUUACGGUAAUCCAGUUUGUAACGAAAGUAAGUCUUGUUUUUUACAUAAUAACUAACAUGGCAAAUCUAACACAUGAACAAAUAUACUGAUUCAAAUAAAUCUGAUAAACUAAUUCGAAAAUAUCUGAUAAAGUUGUAUGUUCUGUUCUUACCUU